AGUCUCCGCCUCUGAUUGGGCCGGCAAUUACCCCCUCUAAUUGGUCGCGACCCUGCCGCAUAAUUCUGGGCGCGAGGCAACGCCGACGAACAUUUGGGGAAUGUCAGGCUUCGGGACGACUGUUUCGCCUCUGUUCAGAACGUUUCCUUCUCCGAACUGGGAAGCCCUGUACACACCGUGUGUACAAGCCACGGCAGCACGCAGACAAGACGGGAACAUGUCGGAACACGCGGAGAUGGAUAGUGAGUUAUGUACGGGGUGCGGCGGUCCCAUCCAGGACAAGUUCCUACUGAAGGUGGGGGAGCGGCAGUGGCACGUCAAGUGUCUGCGGUGCUCGGUGUGCCAGACUCCGCUGGGCAGGCACACCACAUGCUACACCCGCGAGGCGGACGUCUUCUGCAAGGCCGACUAUAUCAGACAAUUUGGCACAAAGUGUGCAAAAUGCUGUCGGAACAUCCAGUCGAACGACUGGGUCCGGCGCGCCAAAACCCACGUGUACCAUCUCGCCUGCUUCGCCUGUGAUGCCUGCAAACGACAACUGUCCACAGGGGAGGAGUUCGCGCUGCAUGACGGGAAAGUUUUGUGCAAGAGCCACUAUCUGGAGGCCAUGGACGCCGCGGCUGGAAGCGGAAACGGAUCAGACUGUGACUCCCUGUACAGCGGAGAGAGCGGCUCAGGGGGACACCGUCCCAAGCGCGUGCGCACAACCUUCACAGAGGAACAGUUGCGAGUCUUGCAGGCAAACUUCAACAUCGACAGUAACCCAGACGGGCAGGACCUGGAGCGGAUUGCACAGAUCACAGGACUCAGCAAACGGGUCACUCAGGUGUGGUUCCAGAAUUCUCGCGCGAGGCAGAAAAAAUACGGCAACCUCACGGGAAGCAAAUCUCUCUCCCCGGGUCGAAAGUGCUGUAUCAAGUGCGGACAGAUCUACUGCGCAUGCGUACAGAGCGGUUUGCAAGCCACCUCCUGUGCGUGACGUCACUUCCGGCUCCAGUCGGCUGUGCAGGACAUGUGCCAAUAUCUCAAGACAUUCUUUUUUCAAACAUCCUUACGUCCUAGAGAUUUUAUGUGUCAAAAAGCCAUUGUACAUUACCGAUAUCGAUAUCAAGUUCAAUGUCAUACUGUUUAUCCGUCUGUUGAAAAACAAAGUCAAAUGUAGUAGUAUAGAGUUACUGACACAUAUGAAAAGUUGAGAAAAAUUGCUUAUUUUCUGUUUUGUGGCUUGAAGAGAUGAGUAUGAAUACUUUCUGUCGCAAAUCCCCCUGUGGACAAGGGUUCACAAGCGGAGUUAGCCCAGCGUAAGUGAGCAUGCCCUGCCAUACCCAUACCCCCAUUACAGGGCGAACCCUUAAGCCAAAAAACAAACGUUCUUAGCUGUACAGAUCGGGCAGGUGGCACGACACUCCACCCACGGGUCACAUACAGUACUCGUCGUAUUAACAGAUCAAAAGUGCAAAGUUGUCUAUUUGCCCAAAGUAUUACACCAGUGACAGCAUACCCACUCGGUCGAAUAUCAUUAUGUCUUUAUCGUAAUGUCAAUAUUUGGUGCCAAUGUGAUAUUGUGUUGACAAUAUAUCUGUAGAGAUGUGCGCACAAGAUUCUGAUUAUCGUGUGUUAGUGUGAGGCUGCAUAAGGUCCACAAAUCUACGGUGGAAAGUGUAAAAGAAGAGGACAAUUCUUUCAUAUAAAUGUUAUAUCAAUGGUUGGUCCGGUAUUCAAAUAUUCGGUUAUGUGACAUAUCUAUUCGUAUCUUUCACUACGUGGAAAGUUAGAAACGUAAUGAAUCUCUUGUGUAUGUUUUUCAUUUAUGGAAAAACUUUAUUUACAACAGUAAGAAAAUAUUGGGAACAAUGCAGUUCUUUUUGUCUGUAUCAUAUUAGAAAAGUGUAGCGUGUUCCUCUGUAAGAUGAUUUGAUGACAGUCAUAAAGUUCCGAAAUUCUAGUGGCUCUAUUUGUGUAAUGUCUAUCCUAUAUGUCUCGUGUCAAGAAAAUCGUAAUAGAUAAACUAGCUAUGCAUCUGUAAUUUACUACACAACUGUACAUCAUUAGCGUGAAGAGUGUCGCACGUAUAGAUGUAUUCUACUCUUUACUUGGUUGACCCAGCCUUACCUUGAACCCGUGUACUGGAGAGACUCUAGACUUUCAGUAUCAUGUAUGAGACCAGAUCCUGUCUAAUUAUGACGAGACUUCCAGCCCUAAGUGGCCGGAUAUCCAGAAAUCUCCGGUCUAAUCCGGGUCGUCUGCGAUGGAACAGUUUAAUCGUUCCACGGCGAUCCUUCAUCAGACAAAUCGUCCUGGAUACUCAGACAACAGUCGGACUCGCUCUAUCUGGAGGUAGACAUUAAUUAAAGCCCGAUUAUGGACGAUCAUUAA